CUCGGAGCCUCUGGGUUCAUGCGUGGCUCUUCUUUUUUUUCAUCAUUCUUUUCUUGUUUUGAUCUUAUAAAGAAAAAAAAGAGAGAGAGAGAGAGAUAAGUUAUAUUUUUUCUCGAAUAUUCUUACUUUCUUGAUCUUCUUUAUAAAUCUGAGCAAACAUUCUACACAUUAAGUGAAAAUCCUUCCUUGUAUAUCUACACAGCUUUGAUUUUUCUUUCUUCGCUUCUGGAAAAAGAAAAGUCCUAUAGAAUUCAAGAUUUUGAUUGUGAGAUUCUCUAGUCGGAGCUCAGGAGUUGAAUUUGGAAAGGUAGAGAGGUGUCUUGUUGAUCAAGCUAAAAGCAUUGAUCGUUUCUUAAUGGCGACGGAGCAACAAGAUUCACGACUCUGUUUGGCAUCGAUCCUUGAGGACUUCAUCAAACAACGUAACAUUCAAGUUAGCGUUGAUGUUGAUUCCAGUUCCAAAAAUGCCGAUGAAACUUCUGGAGGAAGAGAUUUGCCAGCAGAUCCAUCAGACUUGAAAAGGAAUGAAGCAGCAAGAUGGAUAAGACACACGCUUGGUGUAGUUGGAGGAAGAGACCUGCCUGCAGAUCCUUCUGAAGAUGAUUUCAGAAUCGCAUUGAGAAGUGGCAUUUUGCUAUGCAAUGUCCUCAACAAAGUUAAACCUGGUGCUGUCCCAAAAGUCGUUGAAGCUCCAAAUGAUCCUCUUGUUAAUCAAGAAGGUGCAGCUCUAUCUGCAUUUCAGUACUUUGAGAACCUUCGAAACUUUCUUGUGGUUGUGGAGGAAAUGGGUAUUCCUACAUUUGAAGUCUCCGAUUUUGAGAAGGGAGGUAAAUCCACAAGAAUAGUGGAGUGUGUCUUGGCUCUCAAGUCAUACCGCGAGUGGAAGCAGAGCGGUGGAAGCGGUACAUGGAGAUACAUUGUGACUUCGAAACCAACCACGUUUGGGAUUGCAAAACAAUACAAACGCAAAGACUCGGAAGCAUCUGUGGAUGCAGUCCCAACAAGUAGCCCUUCUUACACUCCAUCCAGUGAACAACAACCUCUGUUUGAUUCUAAUACCAAAAAUGAAGGAAGUGCCAAUUCAAUAGAUGCCAUUGUCCGUGCUGUUUUUUCUGAUAAGAGUAAAGAAGAAGUUCCCAGUAUUGUGGAAGAUAUGCUGAAAAGUGUCAUGGUAGAAUAUGAACGUAGAUUGGCUACACAGAGCGCAAUGUACGUAGAAGAAGAUGUGACAAAGAUGGUAAACAACAACAUGGAAGCUUCACAAGCUAAUAAUGCUGAAGUAUCAAAAGUCCAAGAUCAUGACGUCUAUGUAAUUUCAAAAGACAAGGCAGAGAAGCAGCAAAUGAUUCUAGACAGACAGAAAACUCAUACUGAGGAACUAAAACAAGAUAUAAAGGCUGUAAAGGCGGGUCUUAGUCUCUUGCAAAUGAAGUACCAGCAAGAGUUUACAAGUUUAAGCGAGCAUUUGCAUGGACUUGCGUAUGCAGCUACAGGAUAUCAAAGAGUUCUUGAAGAGAACCGUAAACUUUACAAUCAAGUCCAGGACCUCAAAGGGAGUAUACGAGUUUAUUGUCGAGUGAGACCGUUCUUACCUGGACAAACAAGUGUCUUGACCACAGUGGAUCACAUAGAGGAGUCGACUAUAUCAAUAGCUACACCUUCAAAGUACGGCAAAGAAGGUCGCAAGUCAUUCACAUUCAACAAAGUUUUUGGCCCUUCAGCAUCUCAAGAGGCGGUGUUUUCUGACACUCAGCCUUUGAUCCGGUCUGUUCUUGAUGGUUACAACGUUUGCAUAUUUGCUUAUGGCCAAACAGGAUCCGGAAAAACUUUCACCAUGAUGGGACCUAAUGAACUGACGGAAGAGAGCUUAGGAGUGAACUACAGAGCGUUAAGCGAUCUCUUUCAUCUCUCAAGUGAGAGGAAAGAAACGUUUUCAUACAAAAUCUCAGUUCAGAUGCUUGAAAUCUACAACGAGCAAGUCAGAGACCUCCUUGCCACUAAUGGCCAAACCAGCAGGUUAGAGAUCCGAAACAGUUCACAAGAUGGAAUCAACGUUCCGGAAGCUACAUUAGUACCAGUCUCAACAACUUCAGACGUCAUUAGUUUGAUGAAUCUUGGCCAGAAGAACCGUGCGGUCAGCGCCACAGCCAUGAAUGACCGUAGUAGUCGCUCUCACAGUUGUCUGACAGUACAUGUUCAAGGAAGAGAUCUGACAUCAGGAGCCACUCUAAGGGGCUCAAUGCACUUGGUUGAUCUUGCUGGAAGCGAGAGGGUGGACAAGUCUGAGGUCACUGGUGAUAGGUUGAAAGAGGCGCAACACAUCAACAAGUCUCUAUCUGCUCUUGGAGACGUGAUUGCGUCUCUCUCUCAGAAAAACAACCACAUCCCUUAUCGCAAUAGCAAACUCACUCAACUGCUUCAGGACUCAUUAGGAGGACAAGCGAAAACGCUCAUGUUUAUACACAUAAGCCCUGAAGUAGAUACUCUGGGAGAAACACUCAGCACCUUGAAGUUUGCGGAGAGAGUGGCCACUGUUGAACUCGGUGCUGCUCGUGUGAAUAAAGAUACUUCUGAGGUUAAAGAACUCAAGGAGCAGAUUGCUAGUUUGAAACUAGCACUGGCGAGAAAGGAGAGCGAGUCUGAUCAAACGCAGAUCCCAAGAGUCAUUACACCUGAUAAACUCCUCAGAAGAAAGUCACUUGGUGUCUCUAAAUCAGCAAACACAAGACAGUUUCAGACAAAACACAAGCCAUCACUGGUUGAUGACGUCAACAGCAUUGAGGGUCAAAGCGACUCUGCAUCGAGCGUUGACUUACAAGGACUAGUUGGUUCUUCACCACCGUCCUGGAAAAGCCCGUCUACAGAUGGGAAAGAGGAGGAAGUGGAGAUUAGUGAAUGGGUUGAUAAACACGAAGACGAGAUCACACGUAGUAACAACAAAUCACAAACGCAGCUAGAUAAGAGAGUGUCCAGCUUGAAACGUGAACCAGCGUCACGAGGCGGCAAUGUGGUGGUAGAUAAAGGGUUUGAGGUGAGGAAGAUACCAUACGAAAAAGAAGCGAAUGAGUCUGAUGAAACGGCGACGAGCGAUGGGUCUGAGUCGUCUAACAUGAUGUGGCAGUUGAAUGUUCAAGUGAACGUGCCUAGAGCAGCUGCCUCCUCUAAUGGAUCUUCGGGUUCAUCGACCAAGCUAAGGAAGAGUCUAACUAAAACCAAGAGUAUGUUACCUUCGCUUAUACCGGCGCCUACGAGGAGACUAUCGCUUGGAGCAAGUAGUUCACCAGGACAAACUUCAUCUACAAGGCAGAGUAGUAACACUGUAGUUGUGAAGAAGAGACAGAAUCCUAAGUGAUGAUAAUAGUCAAAGGUGAUAUAAACAUUUUGGUCGUUUUUGUUUUUGGUUUUGGUUUUGGCGAGCCCAUUCAUAUGUGGUAGCCAUACAUGUACAUGCCAUAUACGAAGAGUAGGAAUACGUGUGUGUGAAGUGUGAACCAUAGCCCAUAGGUUGUAUACUUGGAUAUGUAAUUUUUUGUUUGUUUUGGGUGGCAUUUUCUAAUGAAUAUUCAACAAAACGUUGUUCAUUCAUUCUAUCCUAUGGGGUUUUUCUUGUAUUUCUUUCGUUGUAAUUUGAUU